AUGGCGCCUGCAUACCCUAAGAAGAAAUGCGGCGUUCUUGGUGCCACUGGCUCCGUGGGCCAGCGCUUCAUCCUGCUGCUGGCAGACCACCCCUUCCUUGAGCUUCAGGCAGUGGGAGCUUCGGAGCGCUCAGCCAACAAAAAGUACAAGGACGCUGUGAAGUGGAAGCAGGCUUCUCCCAUGUCCGAAAAGCUCAGCAAUUUGGUCUUGCGUGAUUGCAAGCCUGAGCAGUUCUCAGACUGUGACCUUGUCUUCUCCGGAUUGAACAGUGAUAUUGCUGGCGAGACUGAAAUGGCAUUCAUCAAGGCGGAGAUUCCUGUCUUCUCAAACGCAAAGAACUUCCGCAAGGACCCCUUGGUGCCUCUGGUGGUUCCUACUGUGAACCCCCAACACAUGGACCUCAUUCCUCAUCAGCGCGAGCAAUAUGGCCUCAAGAAGGGCUUCCUGGUCUGCAACUCCAACUGUGCUGUCAUUGGCAUUGUCAUCCCCUUCGCAGCUCUCCAGGCCAAGUUUGGCCCUGUCGAGGAAGUUGAGGUCUUCACCGAGCAGGCCGUCUCCGGAGCUGGCUACCCCGGUGUGCCUACUAUGGAUAUCUUGGACAACGUCAUUCCAUACAUCAGUGGCGAGGAGGAUAAGCUCGAGAACGAAGCCCAAAAGAUCUUGGGCGCAUUGAAUUCUAAUGCGACCGGUUUCGACGAGCAAUCGGGUCUCCGCGUCGGUGCCACCUGCACCCGUGUCGGUGUCACUGACGGGCACAUGGCAUUUGUCUCUCUGCGCUUCAAGAAUCGACAGACUCCCACCGCUGAACAGGUCAAGGAAGCUCUGCGGGAGUACAAGUCCGAGGCACAGAAGUUAGGUGCUCCUUCCGCACCAGAGCCUGCGAUCAAGGUGUUCGAUGAGCCCGACCGCCCCCAGCCCCGCUUGGACCGCAACAUUUGCGGUGGGUACACCGUGAGUGUUGGUCGCGUGCGUGAGGGUGCUCCGGGUGGUCACUUCGAUAUUCGGUUCGCUGCUCUCUCUCACAACACCGUUAUUGGAGCUGCUGGAUCAUCCAUCCUUAAUGCUGAGGUUGCUGUGAUCAAGGGUUACAUUUAA